AAACAAAUCUAAAAACUUCCGCUGUUCUUAAAGUUUUUAUUAAGGGGGGGUUAUCUCAAACAAUUAUUCAUACUUAUUGUGUAAUAGUCUUCUUUUAUUUAUUGAUUUAUAUUUUCAAUUUUUUAAUGUCAGUCGUAAGGCAAAUUGGGAGGUGGUCUGAGCAUUUUCAGGAUUGAACUUGACUAAAGUUGAAAAAAACGCCAAACAUAAAUUGAAACGCAAAGAGUGACUGCAAACGUUCAACAAUCUGUACCUGAACAAAUGCUAUGUUUUAAAUUGAAGAAACAAGAUCACAAAGGUCAAAUAUAGGAACGAAUUCCUUUGAUAGCAGAGAUUAGUGGGUUUACAAUUCACAUUUAUAUGUAAUCACUUUUGAGCACAUGAUUAAGUUUAGAUGUUUUGUUUAAACAAAUAAAUCAGUCGUAUCAGCCGAUGUGUUUUUAUUCUAGUUAAUUUUUUUUUUGGUUAUUUUAUUUUAUUACGGCUGAUUAACUUCUUUUGUUUUUCCAUAUUUUAUUUUAAGAAUUUCAAAACAAUAUUUUACUGAGGCACAUGCACAGGCACACUUGAGAGAUUAGCUAAAUUGCAAUGCUUCCCAAGAUUCUUACGCGGCCAGAAAUUAGCUACCCAUUAGUAGCAUUUUGUGCUUUCUCCAUUUUAUACCUCUUCUUUUACGAUUGGGUACUGCUUCAUGGCUUAUGGUUUGCAACAUUUUUAAAAUGUUUGCCGAUAUUCUGCCUAUGUUGGCUCGCUUCAGUUGAUUCGCAUAAAAGGUCAAAAGAGCAAAAAUUUAAAAAUAAAAUUUUGUAUGGCCUACUAUAUUCAAGCCUCGGCGAUGCACUUCUGAUGUGGGAUUAUUUCAAAUUAGGCAUGAUAGCGUUUGCGGUCGCACAUAUAUAUUAUAUCGCCGCAUUUGGUUUUACAUCUCUAAAAAUUGAGUAUGGCUUUGUACUUUACACCCUCUGUAUAAUCAUUUUAUAUAUGUUGAUCCACGGGCUUGAAGGAGUAUUGCAGUAUGCAGUACCUGUUUACAGUUUUAUACUUGUAACUAUGGUGUGGAGAUCACUAGCAUUUACACAUAACUUGAAAGAAAAAUUCUGUAUUUUAGAAGGAUUUUAUGUGGAUGAACAAUGUGAUCCGAGUAUCUUCGGUUUCGUGGAUGCUUUCCGAUGGCCUUUUGGGAGUUAAUAAAUUUUUGUUUCCAGUGCCAUUUUCUCAGUUUCUGAUAAUGUUUACUUACUACUUCGGCCAGCUGGGAAUAGCAUUGAGCACGCUAACAAAGUGUAAAGCUUAAAGGGCGGCAAAUUGUACAACAUAAAACUCUUAGGAAUAUUAUAGGCAAACAAACAAAAAUCUGUUUAAUGUAAGAACCCACCAAGAAAUUUUAUUUUUAAUAGUAUUUCUUGACUUUACAACUUCCACGAGUUUUUUGGCUGGUUCAAACUGCCUUAUGAAUUAUCAAGUCUUCCAGAUUUUUCAUAAAUGGUUACUAAAUCCAUUCCUACUGGAAUAAAAACCACUAGUUUUUCCUUAUUACUUUUUUUUAACUUCUCUUAGAGCAAACUUAAAUUCUUUACUUGAAAUAUUAAUACAAUUUCAAAUAAUCUCAGUGUUUUUACAUAGUUGCUUUGUAGUAAAACUCAAGCUUUCAAUGGCAUUAAAAAAUAAAUAAAUAACCAAGAAUGAAAUUGAAAUGUUAGGCCUUUAAUUAAUGACAAUUUUUUCUGUCUUUAAAGUUUUUUCAUUAUUAUUAUUAUUAUUAUUUUGAAAAACGUGUUAAUGUUGUUCCAUUUGGUGAAAUUAAUGUGAAAACUAAUUUACAAAAUAUAUGUUUGAAGAAAUGGAAAUUUGUAAGUAUUUGUAACUAGUCUUCCCUGUUAAGCAAUAUUGAUUAUUUUAUUAUGAAAUAAAUAUUGAUAUUUUAUAAAUUUA